AUGUCUAACAUGGGUGAUCACCAAAAUGGAAAUUCUCCUCAAAUGGUUUCGAAUGAAAUGUCGUCAAAGAAUGGUCACAAACGAAAAUCAUCGUUGCAUUACCUGCCGAUUGAAAGAGGUGAAUGGAUCAAGUUAGAUACCAUGUUAUUGAAAGAACGUGAAAUGAAUACGAAUAUCAUUACUGAGAGUCGAGCGAAACAACAACCUCCAUCGACAAGUUCUGACCACAAGAAUGUUUCAACAACUCCUCCAUCCCAUACAAAUUCUCGACUAGAAGAACUCCAAAUUGCCAUCAAAUUGGUCGAAAGUGAAAAUGAAUUGGCAGUGGAUCAAUUUGAUUUGGUCGUUCAGCUCUGCACCAAAAUGAUCUUCUCGGUCGUGACAAGUUCCUUCUUGUGUUGUUCCAUGUGGGAACUCGAGAAUGAAAUGAAUCGAUUGCAUCAAUCGAGAAAUCAACUCUUGUGUAAGGACAUGAAAGGAAGUAUCUAUUCUCCUCGUUCUCAACACAAUCAUCCUAACCAUAGCAAGCUGAGUCAGCAACAUCAUUUGAAUGGAAUCAUUUUGAGGAAACAUGAAGAGAUCUAUUGGAGAAAAUUCGUAGAAGUGAUCUUCUUGAAACUCAUUGUCGAUCCAAAAGUCAUUGUGGUUGGUUUGGCAUAUUUUGAAAAGGUCAUUCGUUUGUUGGAAAAUGAACGAAUGAGUAAUAGUCCACUCUUACGGCAGCAUCAAAUGAAUAGCUCUGAAAAGGGUUAUGAAUCGGCUUUCAAUCGAAAUGAGUUGAAAACGAUCAUGUGUAUUUGUAUCAUGUUGGCCAGCAAGAUGUAUGAUGAAGACAAUUACUGGAAGAGUAAGACGUAUUUCAAAUUAUUCAGUAGUUUGUGUCGAAAGCGAGAGGAUAAUCGAAGAAUUACCUUUAAGGAAUUCAAUCAAUUAGAAGUUGAAAUUCUAAAUGUGUUGCAAUUCCAUCUCGUUCUCAAUAUGGACGAGUUUAGUCGGGAAAUUGUUCAGAAAUUCAUGAAGGUGAAUUUUGAAGAUCAUGAUGCAUUGCUGAUGAUUUGA